GCAGACACACAUUGGCUUUAUUGUGACUUGUCCGAUGUCCAGCAGUGGUGAGAUAGAGUGCACUUGAGGUCAGUGUGAUUUCAGGAGCUCCCAGCCCAGGGGAAGGAGCAGGAGCUGAUUAGUAUGUGCAGCAUUUCCAGAUGAAUGUCCCGCUUCUUUGUGAGCUGCAAAUUGAUUUCAACAGAGAGCAGGGAAUUAAACCAUCAGGGAGACAAGUGUGUACUGUGGAAACACUGAAAGAGGAAUGAGGAGAGAGUUUCACAGAGAGACGAGACUGGAGGAGUGGUGAGGCCGCGUCUGUGAGAGUCCUGAUGGGAUGAGACUGGAGAGAAAAGGGGGAGGGAGAGCUGUAAAGUCUGGAAACAGUGGUACAAAGCAGCAAAGAGCAGAGAGUUGUGAAGAGACAAGGGGAGUGCUAAUAAGGGGGGGACAUCAGUGCUGCGGAAAAGUGACUGCAGGAGAGAAGUUCAGAAAGAAGAAAGGGAAGGAGACGGGAUUGUUGGUGAAGACUUAAUGGGAGUCCAAAGAGGAUGAAACUACAGAGGAGAAUUGGUGAAGAUAGCUUAAGAUUGUCAAGAGACAAUAGAACAGUGAAGGGGCUUACAAAGAGUCGCUAGAUGGAAGGGCAGAGGAAACCUGGAGGAGCCGUAAAGGGACCAUCUGGAUGCAGCAGAUUCUUCUGCUCCUGGAGGCCAAAGGAGACAUGACAGCCAUCAGCCAAGUCAACAAAUGCUCCAACGGUGAUCUCAUCCCCUGGAUCGAGUUGAACGGCAACAUACAGGCCUUCAUCGCAGCGCCCUCACCAAGGCUGAGAGUCACACACCUGCAGUACCAGUUCAUGCCUGCUGCUCUGGGCCACAAGGGCAAGGUGAUUUACGUGGCAAGAAAUCCCAAAGACGUCCUGGUGUCAUACUUCCAUUUCCAUAAACUCGCCAACAUGUUGGAAACUCCAAAAGAUUUCAAUGGCUUCUUCGAAAAGUUCAUGAGAGGAGAUGUGUUCGCCUGCCGCUGGUUUGAUCACGUUAAGACGUGGCACUCACACAAGGACGACAUGAACAUGCUGUUCAUCACUUAUGAAGAAAUGAUCCAGGAUCUGCAGUCUGCUGUGGAGAGGAUCUCCCUGUUCCUGGGUAAACAGCUGACAGACAAGGAACUGGCCAACGUCGUAAAGCACAGCACCUUCAACAACAUGAGAAAAAUCCCUCAGGCCAACUACGAGCAGGUGCCAGUCGACCUUCUCAACCACCACCAGGGGAAAUUCAUGAGGAAAGGCACCAUUGGUGACUGGAAGAAUCACUUCACUGUGGCCCAGAAUGAAAGGUUUGACGAGGUCUUCAACAGAGAGAUGAAGAACUUCCCUCUGUCUUUUAUCUGGGACAUUGGAGACAUUCAGUGAUCAGUUGUUCAUCUCAUGACAAUGACAAGAAGACAGAGAUGAAGACAGUAGCAUAAAGAACUCUGUGUUCCACAGAAACACCUGGUCCUAUUUCCACUGUAUUAUACUACUAUAAUUAUUAUAAAAACUUUAUAUAUUUGUAUAUUACAUUUCACUUUUUUUGCUUUUAUUCCGUAGGAUACCAGAAUUCAGUUUCCUCACAAAAUGGGCUUCACUCACACGCAGUGCUAAUGAACGAUGAUGAAUAAUUUAUGCUGAAAUCUGGGAUUUUCAUAAACUUCUUCAUUACUUUGUUGGAACGUGCAUAUGAAAAAUGAUGAAGGCUGCAUUAUGUGAAACACAAAUUUUUGUUUAACUAUAUAUUAAGCUGUCUUUUUUACCUUAUUUAUUUACUCUUACUUUUUUACUUUCUUUAAGCAACGCAACAAUACAUGUUGUCUCUGUUGUUUAUAAAAUACUAAAAGGACUAAGUAAACACGUGUGCUUUCACUCAAACCUGAGCUAAUUUAGACAUUGAUGCCCAGAAUACAACACUGAAGUUGGGACAGAUGGUAUUGUGUCCCUGAAAAAAAAAAAAAA